CUGACACUGCUUGGCCAACCUCCCUACUUGUCUCUGGGUUUGGCUUGCACUUUCUUCUCAGGUCUCUCUCCUCCAAGGAAGAAAAAGCCUAUAGGAAUUAUGGAAGGAUACCACAUACUAGAAGAAAUAUGAAGCAGCAGCUUUGAAUCUUGAACAAGGGAAAUUGGCUACCCCAACGCAACUCAGCUUAACUCAGCCUCACUGAACUGAUCCAACACUCCCCAGGCUUGCUAUAGCUCUCUAAUCCUUAGAAUCUUCUUCAAUUCCAGCUAGAAUGCUGUGUCAGGCAUUUCACAGAUUUGGCCAAAAGCUGGUAUGCAGACGUCCACUGGAGGAAGAAGUAUUUGAGAUUUCCUUUGAAAGAAGCCUGAGCACUCUGGAUUUAGUGGCCCUGGGUGUGGGCCGCACAAUAGGUGCAGGUGUGUACAUCCUGGCUUGUGAGAUGAUCAGCAAUCAAGCAGGACCAACCAUCGUGAUCUGCUUUUUGGUGGCUGGCUUAUCUUUUGUGUUGACUGGGCUGUGCUAUGCUGAGAUUAGUGCCUGGGUUCCCCAUUCUAGCUCCUCAUAUCUCUACACCUAUGUCAUUAUUGGACUCUGGGCUUUCAUCACUGGCUGGAACCUCAUCCUGUCCUUUAUUGCUGAUACAGUCAUUUAUACCAUGACCUGGGUCUUAACCUUUGAAAACCUGCUUGGGAACCAGAUGUCUCAGACCCUGCGUGAAAGCAUCUCUCAGCAUGUUCCUCAAGUCCUUGCAGACAAUCUAGGCUACUUUGCUGUGGUCCUUCUGUUGUUACUUAGAGAAAUUGAAUAUAUGAAUUUUUAUGAGUUAUUUGCCCUUUCCAAAGUGUUCACAUUGGUGAAAAUUUUGGUUCUCAGUUUUGUCAUCAUCUCUGGCUUCAUUAAGGGGGACCUGCACAACUGGCAGCUCACAGAAGAGGACUACAUAAAGGCUGGACUCAAUGACACUUCUAAGUUGGGCCCUCUGGGCUCUGGAGGAUUUGUGCCUUUUGGCUUCCAGGGGAUUCUCCGUGGAGCAGCUACUUGUUUCUAUACAUUUAUAGGUUUCAGUAUUAUUGUUACCAGAGUGAAAGACGUCCAGAAUCCCCAGCGUUCUAUCCCCAUGGGCAUUGUGAUUUCACUGUUCAUCUGCUUUGUGGUAUAUUUUGGUGUCUUUUCUGUACUUACACUUACGGUGCCUUACUACAAGCUUCAACCUGGGACCACCUUGCCUGAGGCAUUUCUCCAUAUUGGCUGGGCCCCUGCCUACUAUGUUGUAGGUUUUGGAUUUUUCUGUAGUGUUUGUGGCAUUUUCAUGGGCUUUAUGACCCCCAUACAGUGGGUGAUAUGCAUGAUGGCAGAAGAUGGCCUCCUGUUUCCUGUCUUGACCAGGAUCUAUACCAGUGUAUACCCCCGAUUCAUGGCCACUGUGGUAUUUACGAUUAUUGCAGCAAUCACGAUAUUCUUCUUUGGAAUCACUGAUCUUGUGGACCUCAGGUCAAUUAGGACACUGGUAUCUUAUUCUCUGGUUGCUUUUUGUGUUCUCAUCAUCAGGUAUCAACCUGAUAGGAGGAAUGGGGGACAUGAAGCAGAGGUGCAGCAACAGAAUAUAUCUGCAGCAGAGAGGCUGACUCUACAGGGACUACUUUUUCCAGGCAGCUUUCCCACCCCCACUCCACUCUCUGGCCGGGUUGUCUAUGUUUGCUCCUCACUGCUUGCUCUGCUGCUCACUCUUCUUUGCCUGGUGCUGGCCCACUGGCCAGUUCUGCUUUCUGGAAACCUAGCGUGGAUUUCAGUGGUUGUGCUCCUCCUGGUGCUCAUCACUGGGAUCACUGGGGUAAUCUGGAGACAGCCGCAGAGCUCCAGUCCCCUUCAUUUUAAGGUCCCUGCUGUGCCUCUCUUCCCACUACUGAGCAUCUUCAUGAAUGUUUACCUUAUGAUGCAGAUGACAGCUGGCACCUGGGCCCGAUUUGGUGUCUGGACUCUGAUUGGGUUUGCUAUCUACUUUGCCUAUGGAGUUCAGCACAACCUGGUCACUAACCCCACUUAAGUUAGGGCCCAAACUGUAGAACUUGAACUCAGCAGUGCCAGUACAUAUUUGUUUGAAAUCAUCACACCUGAAUGCAGUAAGUUUUCCCUGCACAGUAAUGGAAUUUACUCCUGAGUUCAUGGAAAGCUAGGCCUCCCAUGGGAUGUUGGUGGGGAAACACUAAAAGAGCUGUGUAUUUAUGGUGAAGUGAAGGAUAUGUGUUUGCUCCCCCCCCCUUUUGUUACUUGUCUCCUUUUCAGUUGUGUCAUUAGCUGCUUUCUGACUUUAAAAAAUUAUUUUUUAAAAGAAAGUUGUAAAAUGUUUUCCUUUUCUUCAUUAAAUAUCUACUAGUAGCUAGGAGGUAGGGAAUGCCCGGCUGGUUCAGUCAGUAUAGCUGACUCUUGAUCUCAGUGUGGUGAGUGUGAGCCCAUUUUGCAUGUAGAGAUCAUUUAAGAAAAUAUCCAGUAACAGAAUUACUGGAUCAUGUGGUAAUUCCUUUUUUAAACUUUUUGAGGAACCUCCAUACUGUUUUCCUUAGUGGCUG